GGGAGCUCCUGCGUGCGGCUGGUGGAGCAGCACCGCUCCGCCUGGUGCUUCGCGCUGCUGGUGCUGGGCUACCUGCUCUACCUGGUGUUCGGCGCCGUGGUCUUCUCCUCGGUGGAGCUGCCCUACGAAGACCUGCUGCGCCAGGAGCUGGGCAAGCUGAAGCAGCGCUUCCUGGAGGAGCACGCCUGCCUCUCGGAGCAGCAGCUGGAGCAGUUCCUGAUGCGGGUGCUGGAGGCCAGCAACUACGGCGUCUCGGUGCUCAGCAACGCCUCGGGAAACUGGAACUGGGACUUCACCUCCUCGCUCUUCUUCGCCAGCACCGUGCUCUCCACCACGGGUUAUGGACACACAGUGCCUCUAUCUGAUGGGGGAAAGGCUUUCUGCAUCAUCUACUCGGUCAUUGGGAUCCCGUUCACGCUGCUGUUCCUGACGGCCGUGGUGCAGCGCAUCAUCGUGCACGUCACCAGGCGGCCGGUGCUGUACUUCCACAUCCGCUGGGGCUUCUCCAAGCAGGUCGUUGCAAUCAUCCAUGCUAUGAUCCUCGGCUUCAUCGCUGUCUCCUGCUUCUUCUUAAUCCCAGCAGCAAUAUUUUCUGUCCUGGAAGAUGACUGGAAUUUUUUGGAGUCUUUUUAUUUUUGUUUCAUUUCCCUGAGCACCAUUGGCCUCGGAGACUAUGUGCCAGGAGAAGGCUACAAUCAAAAAUUUCGAGAGCUGUAUAAAAUUGGAAUUACAUGUUAUCUGUUGUUGGGCCUUAUCGCAAUGUUGGUGGUUCUUGAGACUUUCUGUGAACUCCAUGAGCUCAAAAAGUUUAGGAAGUUGUUUUACGUGAAGAAGGACAAGGAGGAGGACCAAGUGCAUAUAAUGGAACAUGACCAGCUCUCCUUCUCUUCCAUCUCAGACCAAGCAGCCUCCAUGAAGGACGAUCAGAAGGCAAACGAGCCUUUUGUGAAUUCCCAGUCCCCAACUUCCAAUGACAGCUCUCUAAACAAUUAAUACACGGGUAUCCAUACCAGUGUUUUGGUGCAUUUAUGCUACUUACCAUAAGAAAUAGAAAGCCUCAUAUUUUUUUCUCAAAAUAUAAAAGCUGGAACUGUGCUACUUUAACAAGGAUUCAUCACUUCUGAAGUAGAAAAGACAUUUGGGAAAAAUGUGGGAGCCACCCUGGGAAAAGGGAAUAAAUAUAAGAUGUGGCUGGGAACAUAAGGCCAUUUUGGUUGAGGGAUAAGGAUUUAGGUGUACCACAAUCAGAGAUGCCAGAGAGAAAGGCUUGCAUUAGCAACUUCAUUGAACAUCUUUAAGAGACUAGGCCUUCACUGACAUCCGGCUCAAUGAGUUGCACGCCCCAUCUUGCAACUGGUUUUGACAGCAGGGUUGUGCACUUCUGAUAGUCACAGUUUUAAUCAAAUUAAAGCUAGCAUCUUUAGCUGGAAAAUGUUUUCAGAGCAAUAUCUCUACAUCUGACGGAGGGGGAGAAUAUCUAAGUCAUUCCUCUAUUACCUUGUAACUUGAAGGUAAAAUAAUUCUAGGACGGCAAAAC